AUGGGGGUAGGGGAGACAAGUGAGUCUAUGGGGGUAGGAAAGACAAGUGAGUUUAUGGGGGUAGGGGAGACAAGUGAGUCUAUGGGGGUAGGGGAGACAAGUGAGUCUAUGGGGGUAGGGGAGACGAGUGAGUCUAUGGGGGUAGGGGAGACGAGUGAGUUUAUUGGGGUAGGGGAGACAAGUGAGUCUAUGGUGGUGGGGGAGACGAGUGAGUCUAUGGGGGUAGGGGAGACAAGUGAGUCUAUGGGGGUAGGGGAGACGAGUGAGUCUAUGGGGGUUGGGGAGACGAGUGAGUUUAUGGGGGUAGGGGAGACAAGUGAGUCUAUGGUGGUGGGGGAGACAAGUGAGUCUAUGGGGGUAGGGGAGACAAGUAAGUCUAUAGGGGUAGGGGAGACGAGUGAGUCUAUGGGGGUAGGGGAGACGAGUGAGUCUAUGGGGGUAGGGGAGACAAGUGAGUUUAUGGGGGUAGGGGAGACGAGUGAGUCUAUGGGAGUAGGGGAGACAAGUGAGUCUAUGGGGGUAGGGGAGACGAGUGAGUAUGGGGGUAGGGGAGACGAGUGA